CAAUUUACCAAACUUGUCUGCCUGGCAACAAGUGAUGCAGGUCAUGUGAUCAGCUGCCAUCUAUUUGUUAAGAGACAUUUUUCCUCUUCAGUUCACUUUUUUUGAGGGACUGGAAGAACAUGGCUUCUUCACUUCAGAGCUUCUUCCUCCUCUGCCUCACCCUCUACACAGCAGACGGCUUCCUGCUCUAUUUUGAGUCGCGCUGUGUAUUUAACUCGACUGAGCUGAAGGACAUAGAGUACAUCUUAUCUUACUAUUACAACAAAUUGGAAAUAAUCCGCUUCAGCAGCACUUUGGGGAAGUUUGUUGGCUACACCGAGUUUGGUGUUAAAAACGCCGCCAGAUGGAACGCAGAUCCUCUCCGCAUGGAAGAAGUGAGAAGACGAAAGGAGUUGGUCUGUAAACCCAACAUUGACGAUGAAUACCAGGCUGCGCUCACCAAGUCAGUCAAACCUUCCGUCAGACUCCACUUAGAGUGGCCUUCUGGUGGCCAACACACCGCCAUGUUGGUGUGCAGCGUCUACGACUUCUACCCCAAGCUAAUCCGGGUCACCUGGCUGAGAGACGGACAGGAAGUCACGUCGGAUGUCACCUCCACACACGAGAUGGCUGAUGGGGAUUGGUACUACCAAGUCCACUCUCAACUGGUCUACAAUCCCGGGUCCGGAGAGAAGAUUUCCUGCAUGGUGGAACACGCCAGUCUCCAGGAACCGCUGCACACCGACUGGGGUAACACAUGUUCUUGUCCGUCACCUGUUGUCUUCCUCACUGACUUGUCUGACUCUUUCCACAAAGAUCCGUCACGCCCCAAGUCAGAGACCAAUCAGUUGGCCAUUGGGGCAUCAGGACUGGUUCUGGGGCUGGUCUUGUGCCUGGGAGGCUACGUAUACUAUCGCAGGAAGUCUUCAGGUAGCACUUGAGCUCCCGGAGAACUUCUUCAGAGCGUCACAUUCUGGACGUGUUUCUUCUUAACUUUCAGGACGGAUUCUGGUUCCUACCAACUAAACCUGGUCCUGGAUCAGCCUCCUUCUGCAUCCUGAUGAUUGGCUCUUCAUUGAUUAGCUUCAUUUGACAAUAAUGAGACAUUACUAUAACUCCAGGAUGAGCUACUCCUUUGCCAUCUUUAUUCUACUUUAUCAGAUGGCUUUGCUUUUACUUUGCUUUCAUUAAUGAACUCAAUUAAUAAAAAAGAGUGUGAUGUUGUCUUC